UAAUUUUUGAAUUUAAUACAGUUAAAAUUUAAAAACAAAAUGUAUACUUCUUAUUUGCCCACCCUGUACCAUCAAACCAUAGAGUGCUCAAAGUUCAAAGUUCUUUGCCUUUGCAGGGCGAAUGUUUGAUUCAUUAUAACUGUUAUUUAAUACCUGUGUUUUACAACAUGUAUGCAAAUAAAGAACUUUGAACUUUGAGCUGCUAGGCCAGUACCUUGGUCUGACUCUGCGAAAACUAAUCAAAAUAAAAAAAAAUGCGUGUAAAAUGCUUCAAUAGGGCUUUACUUACUUUACUCUUUAGGCACUAACCGAUACAAGAAUAAUUAUGGUUUUUGAACGGAAACGACAACUGUCAGUGAGCUGUCAAUGUCAAAACAUCCAAAGUCAAGCGUUUACAAAACUUAUCAAGUUUUUCAGCUUUAUCGAAUAUUGUGAUCUCUGUGAUGAAAUAAUACGGUAUGAUUUUAAAACAUAAAAAUAGCUUCUAUAAUAUUUAUUCGUUUUCUGAUAUUACUAUAAAUUAAUCUCAUAUCAUUUGGUGUUGCGGUUGAAAUAUUUGUAUUUGUGCUGCGCUAUAUUUCGCCACUAGCGCUCCUUGUAAAUGCGCUAUUGGCAUUCUAGCAUGAUUGAUUUUUAUCCUUAUUCCACUCUGAAGUUCCCAGCUGUUUAACUGCAAUAUCUGCAUUGCGCCUGCCUGAACUGAAUGCACUUGUAAAAAAGUUUUCCGGGAACCAGGCCCCUGGAUUUCAGUCAUCAUGUCGACCGCCGUAGACGAAAGGGUUACAGAUGAAGUGGAAGCUUUGGAAGCUAUUUUAAUGGAUGAUGUGGUUAUAAAGAGGGUGGAUGACGUGCCACAUACGAUUGAAACAGUGGUACAUCCAUCAACAGGAGAUGACACCGACCAGCAGUAUGUUUGUGUGACCUUGGAGGUUAAACUGACUCCAGAUUACCCUGACAGCAGCCCCGAGGUGACGCUGCGCAACCCUCGAGGCCUAGACGAUGUUCUGCUGAAUACUAUUAAUUCACAAAUCAAAGAAAAGUUGGUUGAAUGCCUGGGGCAGCCUGUUGUCUUUGAGCUUAUUGAGCUAAUCCGUGAGAACCUAACCGAGAGCAACCUCCCAAGCGGUCAGUGUGUGAUCUGCCUGUACGACUUCAUCGAAGGGGAUGUGUUCAUCAAGACGCAGUGCUACCACUACUUCCACAGCCACUGCCUGGCCAGUCAUCUCAUCGCCGGCCGGAAAUAUUACCAGGAAGAGCUGGAGAAGCUGCCCAAUUGGCAGCAGAUGCAAGCCCCACCUUAUCAGCAAACAUGCCCAGUGUGCCGCUGCGCAGUGUCCUGUGAUGUGGAGACCCUGAAGAAAGCUCCAGCACCAGUGGAAUCCAUCACUGCCCCACCAUUCUGCCUUACUGCCGAAUUGAAGGCGUUGCAGUUAAAGAUGGCGGCGCUCCUGGCCGCGCAGGCCGCCAAGGGAGGCGUCGUGGGCGACGGCCCGGACGGCCCGCCGCCGCUCACCAUCACCAGCCCCACCAACAGCGACAGUGAGGCCAGCAACGGUUCCGCCAGCGCUACUGCAGACGUGAAACCCGCAUCGCCCGGCGCACAGAACGGCCACGGAAAUGCCUCGCAGUCUGAGCCGAGCUGUCGCCCGCCAUACAGGGGCUUCAACCGGCGCGGCAAGCCGGGCCGGCGCGGGCGCGGCGCGCGGUGACCGCGGCCGCCCCGCCCCGCGCGCCGCGCCGCCUAGCUACUGCACCUGCCCCGCCCCGCCCGACCCCACCUACACAAAACCCACCUUAUCUGUUGUUCGGUAAGCUUCACUUUCCUUUGCACGUGUGACCCGUCGAGCGGAUUCAAUAGUCGAUACUCUGUGAGCUUUAUCUGCGCGCCCGGUCUGCCGAUGAUCGAAUCGAAAUAUGAUUUCUGUAAACGGGACCUUAUUACCUACGAUGUGAGAUCUGAUUUCCUUUGCGCAGCUGACGUAUCGAACCAUGAAUCAAAUAGUAGUACUGAUUUUAGUGACCACAGAAAUGUUUUCGUGUGGUCACGAAUAAAUUACGAUGGUAAGUGUAUCAUUGAAGAAUUCGGACGUUUUGGCUGUGAUAUAAACGCUUCCCGGGGUAGUUUUUGUAAAUUGAUUUUAGACUUUGUUUUUAAAGCGUUAAUGUUUAAUUUGCAUCCCAUUUGGUGUAGUCAGCAGAAUAAAGUCAGUAUCGAGUUUGCGGCCAAAGGUUUAGUGUGGUCUUUCAAUAGAACGGGUGAAUCGCAGAUGAACGUUAAUUUAAACCUUAUUUCCAACGAAUUACGGUUGUAUUUUGAUAGCACAGUAAGCAAAUCACGUAGUGUUUGUCGAUCAUGUAAAAAUAUUUUUUACAAAAAUAUAAACCAGAAUGAUCAGUACAUAAAAAACACAUCUCUAAACAUAUUGUUGAAAAGCUUAGUCAUUUUAUGUAAAAUUAAACAUACACGUAUUUUAAACGCAGUGUUUGCGGGUGUUUUGGUAAAUAAACGUAAGAGUGAGACUGAAAUGUACAUAAUUAGGACUGAGAGCGCAGACUCGAGUCUCCUAUUAGGUGCUAGAUUUGCCAAAUUGAGUGUUACAUUCGUAUUGAAAUUAGAAAUAUCAGUGCCAAUCGUUUCCAAUACAGGGUCCCAUUUUCCUCACACCGAUUUCAAAAGUCGGCCCACGUACCUAUCGAGACUGAUUUAUUAUUGUUACCCAUAUAUGUGUAAAUGUUUUUAUUGUUGUAUUUUUAGUGUUAACUCUCUGGUAUUAUCGUAUUUGGACCAAUAUUCCUUUCGAGCAAAGCGUUGUGAGUAUCAUGAUUUUAGUCAUAGAUAUUUGUCAUACUACGAGUCCAGUUGGGUAGGCUGGGGACCUAGCCAAGAUGACAAUUGUGGACAAAAUACCAAUCAAAACUUAAAUAAAGUAUAGAAAUAUGAGCUCCGAUGCAGUGGAGUUCGUCUAGUUAUAGACAAAUAUUGUGUUUAUUAUACUAAAUUGUACACAUGCAGUAUGUUUAAUCUAGUUUAUUUUUAUUGUAUAAUAAAAUUGCAUGAGACUUUUAUUGUUGAAAAGUGAACUUUUAUAAAACGUUGUCCAAAUCAUGUCCUCUCGCACAGCACUACUGCAUGCAUGUAUUCGAAGCAAAAUUGACAGUACAUUGGCAGAGCCGCAGCCGUGUUGCAUUUUUUUGGUAAUAGCCGUAUUAGCCCUUUCUACAACCGUUAUAUUCCUGCCCAAAAAAAAUAAAAAUCGCUCAUUUUUUUCUUUCACUACAAAUGAUAUUUCUUGUAUUUGGAUUUAGUUUUUGUAGAAUAUUUCCAUAUAAAAUUAAACUAUAUUAGUAUUACCAUUAAACAUUAGUGUUUUAUUUUAAAUACAAUAUUAUUUUUAUAUAAACAGGAUGACCCCAAAAAAUGGUCUGACUAGAUGAAAACAUAUGCAUCGGGGCUCUUAGUCUCGUGACUUUCCAGCAUCUGUUAUCCCGAUAUAUUUUUGCCUUUCGUUCGGCAAAAAAACGUACGAACGUCACCUUCAUCAUCACCUCCUUCAUCGUCACCUUCAUCUCAUCUCAUCAUGUCAUCUUGGCUAGGGCCCUUGAUCACCCGAUAAUUCCCCAAUAAUUAGUUAUUUGGAAAAUAAAUCUUGAUUUGACAAAAGUGUCUCUUAGCAAACAUCAAUUUCUUGAUAAGGUGAAUCCGCUUCAUAAAUUCAGACUCAUCCGUCCGUUUUUGGAACUAGUUUACAUUCGGAAACGGUUCGGAAUUAGGAAUUAGCCAAAUACUUACUCAAUGCUCACCUUUCCAUGUCUCAAGGUCGGGGUCCUCAGGAGAACAGCCUUUAACUCUUUGAACGCCACGUCUAUCGUGCGCGGCUCGUUAAUGUGAACCUUGGCGGAAUGCACCAAGGUUGAUAUUGUGUUGUAGCCGGGCGCGUCAGUUGACGUCUUUAGCGGCCAAAUUGUUAAAGCACAUUAAAAAAACCUUAUGAAACGUGUUCGUUUUCAUGUAGAAAUGAACUUAAUAAAACAACGCACAAUUUUUUAUUAGUACCUGUUUCUCUAAGAAGCUUCUAUUCAGGCUGUUCUUUAGCAAUACGAAGUAAGAUUCAAUUUGAUAAAUGAAAAACGCUCAAUCUAAGUGAUGGAAAUGAUGGAUGCAUUUAUCGACGCAAUGACUACACGACCACAUGACACGGUAGCACAGAUCCAUAGAAACAGACGGACGCCGUCUGUUAUUGCGUGUGGAAUGAUUUGGUGUUAAAUGCUCUAUCAAUAAUCAAGUAUCUAUGUGAAACAUAGAAAUCAUUGUACAGUUUGCUUUUCUGUUUUUUAAUGUACUUAAUUCAUUGUCAUAAGUCGAGCUUUUUUAAUGUUUUCCAAGGGCAGCUUUUUAUGAUAUGACAGUGUUACGAACUGUUCAAGAGCUUGUCUAAAAUUGUAACAUUUCUGUCUCUUUCAAGAAUAAAUUUUGUUUUACAUUACAUUCGUUUAACACGGAAACAUGAAUCGCCAGUACCUACCUAUGCGUAUCAUGUUUAGACUUUUCAGGAUGGGCGAAUAAAAAAAUACAUAGUUACGUGUAGUUAUGGGGACCUGUGAUUAUUCUUAAGUCAAUUGGUUAUAUGGUUUUACAAAAAUUACCAUGUGAAUUGUAUUAUAUUGUACUUAAUUAAUACCCACACAUUUGAGCGUGUAGCAUAGGCCAACACAUGCAUGUAACUUAAAUAGAAACUGCGUAAUUGUCGUAACACAAUUAAUUAACUUAAUACUAAUCACAGGUCCUUUCGUUUUUUUUUUUGCAUUUAAUCCAAAUGUCAUUCUAAAUGUCAAACUGUCUUAUAAACGAAACGGACACACAACGUAAAGUACCCACGUAAAUAUAAGCAUAAGUACCUCAAACCGACAAAACCUUGUAGAGUCAGUAACUCUGCGCGGACAUUGCAGUGACGGAGUGUGGUGGUGCCACCAUACACGUCAACUUCCACCAAAAACACUAGAGCAAGUAUAUUAAACAGUUGUCACAGUCGUGCUCCCGUGAGGGACAGAACAUAUUUAUGCAAAAACAACCUACGUAAUUUGGUCGGGUUAUUUUUUGCGCACCAAGCUUCGGUGAGGAACAACAAAAUAUCUACCGCUUUGACAUGUCACUUAGACUUUUUGGUAGUAGGCAAAAAUUAUAUUUGAGAAUGAUAAGCACAAAGAAUAAUAGCGCUUUCAAGCUACUUCUAUUAAAAGUUCCGUAAGACCAUCCCGUUCGGCCAUCUCACUCCUCCCUUGUCUUUUCUAUGGUCAAUCAUCGUCAUCAUCGUCUUCUAGUCGUUUUUGGCCACAGCGACUGCUUUCUACCGCUGAGAGUGUCCCUGAUGCGCUCUCAGGUGACUGACUUAACCAAUAUUUGUCACGUGUGGCCACACCUGCUGCAGGUCAGCACCCCUCCGUCGUAAUUAUAUGUGAUGGCCACAUGUGGUCUGGCCACUCGUCACGCUUAGCGUCGAGUUCUGUGCGUCCUGUGUCUGCACAAUAUGCCUCCACUGUGGACGGUCACCUGCUAGUCUCCCAUGUGGCUCUAUAUGAGCUCUCUUCAUAUGCCGCUUCAACACAUCUUUGAACCGCAGAAAUACAUUACACUUCUUUCAACCAAAAACAUGACGUCCCUCACUUCGUCACUACACAGCCGGUGCAGAGUUCGCUUUAAUUAAAACCUUGUAGCUUAAGCAUAUUUAAAGUUUCCGGUGGGGCGGCACAACUUAGUUAUAAUUUCUCAUGUAAUCUUAGCGUAAUAAGACACGUUUCUGUGACGCAUCCUAGUCAGGACCUAGGUCUAGGUAGUAAUGUAACAUUCGUGUCAAAGUUUGGCCAACUUAUUGCAACAUAAUCAUUCUGGAUACAUUAUAAAAUGUAUUUAAAAAUAUACAUGUGAUUUUUCAACUUGAGUAAAAAAAUUUAAGCUGUAAAAGAGUAGGUAUGUUAGUUCACUCUUCUUUUCAAAUAGCGACUUUAUUUCCAAGGGUCCUCUUUGAACAUUUAAAAAUAUAACCUAGACUACACUAAGUACUUAAAAUAGUUAAAAAAUUACCUGUUUACCUAAACUUACAUUUAUUUAAAUGUUGUCUUUACCUACCUACUAUUUUACAGUUUAUUAAACAGAGAUCUGCGACAAGUUGACCAAAUAUACGUAACUUUUCUAGCCAGAGAAUUAAGAUUUUAUAGCUAGCUAUGAUUUUCGUUAUAUAAGUUAUCAGUUAAGCUUUGUUCCAAUCUUUUCUUAUACUUGGAAUGCUACCUUUGUGUAGAAAUAGUUUCUUCUUUGAGGUUAACAUUAACAUAACAUAGUUUUGUUAUAAAAUGUUUUCUUGGAGUGGUGUAAAAACAUGAGAGUAACCAUGCAUAUUUAUUACGUAUUUUUUCAUAUGCAAGUAUAGAACGGGACAAAGUAGGCAUUUCUGAUGUUUUUUUUUGUGUUAAUUACAUUUAGUGUAAUGUACUAGAGUGUAGGAGCGCAUAUUUGUUUUAUAAAUUGAUUGAAAAUCAAUGAAAUAUAUUUAUAUUUGCAGAUUUAUGGGAAUUUGACUCGUAUGAAAGUAAUGUAUUUAAACUAUAGUUUAUAUGAUUUGGAUUUUUUACUAUUUUUGUGUAUAAAAUAAAUUAUACUUUAAAACGUAUUUACUGAAAAGUGUACUUCAGUAAGCCAGCAGCUGAAGCUUAAUUCUAGUAAAUGUGUAAAAGAUAAAAAAUGAAAUAAUGUCAUUUUAAUCGCUAAAAAGUUAGUAUAAUCAGUCGCUUCGUAUCUGUAUCUACUGAUUUUUUAAUACCAUUUUAUUCUUGUACAAAAUAACGAUGUAAAAAUACGUAAGCUUGUGAUACCUUGAACUACACAAAGUUAUAAUUUACAUUUUCAUAACAUGCCAUUAUUCAACUGAAAAUAUUGAUCAUUGGCAUAGAUCAUAGUAAUUUUGUGAAACGGAUCACAACAAAUCACAGUAAGUGGCCCAGGACCGCUUCGACAACAAUCCUAUUUCGUCACCUAUUUAAAUCGUCCUCAAAGCCAUGUCGUCAGCAUAUAAUGUUUAAAUCGUCACCUUCCUAACUCGUCUACAUUACUUUUUUGACUACAGUCCCAGAUUGUCUACAUUCCUAUUUUGACCAGUGUCAGCUCGUCAACAUUAUUGUACCAUCCAUUAUCCUGACUGCCUUUUAUGAAUACGACAUCGGCACUUUUCAUUUACUUUUGCAUUGCUUUUUUCCAACUAGACACCUAAAAAGUUUUGUUGUCUAGUCGUGUAGUAGUUGUGUUGGCCUGUCAUUUGACCUCCACCAAUGUCAGCACUGUGGACCUAUAGGAAUGUGGACGAGUUAAAACUGUGGACCACAUAGGAAUGAGGACAAGAUAGGAAAGUGAUGAUAUAGGAAAAUUUACGAAUCAGAAUAGUGUACCAUAUGACAAUAAUUUAAGGUGUCGAAAUAGGAUUAUAGACGACGCGGUACUGAGCUCAGUAAGUGUAUAUUUUGUAGCUGCUUGUUUGUAAACAUUACUGCUGCGGGCUAAACACGGUCGCAUUUUUAUCGCCUGUCACCAUGCCUGUCUCGUUCUAACAAGUAUGUAAGUGCGAAAGUGACAGACAUAGUGACAAGUGAUAAAAAUGCAACCAUGCUGCCACCGCUGUAGACUAGAUACUUAGUGACAAUAUAUUAAUAGGUACUCUACACAACUUGUUGGGCAACUUUAAGAAGAUAGUGUAGGACCUCUGCUCCAUAUAAAUGUAGUCCCAAUUACCCUCCCUGGACAUUGACAUUACGGGAAAUAUCUAAUUUUACUUAAUUUAAUGUAUAUUAACCAUACCUAUUCCCCUUCGUUGGCUUUUUUCGAUUUGUUGAUUAAGUAAUUGAUUAUUAUAUGAGUUGGAAGCAAAAAACAAAUUCCAUGCAAUUUUUAUGCACCUAUCUCAUAGUAUAUAAUAAUUUAAAAAACAACGAAAAAAAUCAAACGAAGGGGUUCGUUGGUUAAAUACAUUAAAUUAAUAGCGGUGGUUAAUAUACAUUAAAUUAUGUAAUUCUAUUUUCUAUAAUGCUAAUAUCCAGAGAGCAAAAUGAGGAACGUUUAUAUGGAGAAGCGAUUAUGCCCUUUCUUCUAAGGAUAUUUUAUUAAGGUUGUGAUAUGUUUGCUCUAGCUCAUACUCAAUAGUAUAACUUGCUACUUAAGUUUCUUAAGGUGUAGUGUGAAAUAUAUUAACCUAAGUUUUCAACAUCGGUACAACAAAUUCCUUGAUAUGGGGUUAAAAACUGGGGCAAAACGGCAUUAUUACAGAUUCCUGAAAUAAUAGCAACAGACACAGUUUUAGUUAUCAAAUGUAUAAGAUUAGAUUAUGUUUGAAAAUGCACUUACAAUAUAAUAUGUACAAUGAAAUGUUAAAACAACACAACAUACACUUAAGAUUAAAUACCUUGGGAACAACACUUUUCUACUUCACGAGAUUAAAUAGUCAGACCAAGCGAAGUUGGCAAUGAUUUUGAUAGCCCAGCCUGUGCAAGUGUUAAGUAAACGUCAUAAUUUCAUAGAAGUUUGACAUUUAAAAUAACACUCGCACUGUCUGGGCUGUCAAAAUCGCUGCUAACCAAUCAUGGUCUGACUCUAGGGAACUUUUGAACUAAUUCAUAAUUCCGUCUGGAAGCGAUUCUUUGGAGUCCAGUAACUUUGCAGAGUUUUUUUAAAUAAUUUAAAUACUCGUGUUUUUUUUCGUGAAUUUAAGUCAUAUUCACUUACGCCCCCUUUUGCAUCGAUUUUUUAGUUUUUAACGUGAAUAAGGACCUCCUCAAAUUAAUAAGCUAGUUUUAAACCUUAUAAGAUGAAAUCUUUAAUAUCUUAUGAUUUAAAAGCAAUAAAUUAAGUGGCACUGAUGUCACAGUUGAGUAAAUACGUGUCAUUUGUUCGGGUACGCGUUGCCAUUUUAUACCAGCAGAUAAUUUACUAUUUAGUACUAGUUUAUAUGUAAGUAGUUAUAAAUGUUUCAUUCCUUGCCAUGAUUUUUUCUACAUUGUUUAAUUAUAUUUAAUUGUCGCUUGUCAGAAGAAUGAGAAAUGAAAUGACUUGUUUCGUUAAAUGAAAAUCUAAAUUAGUAUAUUUUCAUCGAUUAGACAGUUUCGCGAUUUUACCAACUACUCGAUAAUCCGGUAGCACCCAAAUAAUAAGCAAAAUAAAAUUCAUUUUAGGAAAGCUGUCCUAAUGUUGAGAAAUAAAAAUACUAUAUCGAACAGGAUUCAAAUUGUGAACGUAGAACAAAGAACAAAGAACAGUCUUAUAGAAAAUAAUAAAAAUAUCAGCAAGUCAUAAUUAGACAUCAUGUCAUCGAGGGAAAGAGAUUAUUAUUUGAAAUAAACCGAAUUAUUUCAUUACGUGAGCACGUUUUAUGCAACAUUGAGGAAGGAUUAUUAUCUAAUUUUAUACAUGUUAGUGUACAGUCACCAUCAGAUGUAUCGGAGCGGCCAACGUGCUCAAAAAUAACUGAACACACACUUUAACGAUAAUACGGGCUUCGUUCCGAUAUGUAUUUGUAAGCGCCUUGGCCGCUCCGAGUGUAGUAAAGGCAAUUAUUUUAUUUUAUAGCUUUUUUGGGAGAAAAAGGAAAGAUUUAAGAGUUGGUACUUAUUUAUAUCUUUAUUUAUCACAAUUGAUUUGACUUAUUUCAGCUAUAGCUUUAUAUUAAUCAAAUUAAUGUAAUUAAUGGUAAACAAUAUUUGACUCUAUAUAUUUAAACAAUAUAUAUCUGCCAUUUUCAUACAAAUAGAGUAACUGAAUGCACAAAAUCUAUUUACAAAUAGCUUUUAAUACUAUUGCUACUUAGCGAAAAGAAGUUUCGUAAUAAAUUUGGAACGCUGACAUAGGAUGGUCCUCAUGCCAAUUGUAGUAUAUGAUUAUUAUAUGUAUUUUGUUUUUGUAUUUGGGUUUAAAUAUAUAGGGUUAAAACAAUAAAAUAUAUCAUAAUAUUUGUAAUGAUCGUUGUUACGUGUUGCGCCUACCCUUGGUAGUUGGUACAGUUUGUAACAUAAAUAUGUAUUCAUUUUAACUUAUUCCAAUAUUGCGAGGUAAAAAUGUAUGAAUACAAAUUUAUCAAUGUGUCAGUAGGCGCGGUGCGCCUACCUAAUCGUAGCUCUAACUACUGGCUCUGAAGACUGACAAAUACAAAUUUGUAUAUGUAAGGUGUAUGCGGGUAAUAACGACUAUUUCAAAAUGUCGGUUAGUUCCGAAAAUCACCCACACUUCCAUCAAAUUAGAGUCCAUUUUAGGAAUUACGAAUAAUGUUUUUAAAAACCCGAAUACACCUUCCAGUGAGCUGCAACAUUGCUUGGACACAUUAUGAAUUAAUGAAUAAAGUGGCAAUGCAAGUUUACGACUGGGUGUACUUUUAAAAUUCGCGUCCUUUUAGACAUGCGCACCUAUACGCUCACAUCCAAAGUAAUCUUUUUAUCGCAACGCAGACAAAUAUAACAAAAGUUAUACUUUAACCAUGUGUGUGGGUUACGUAAACAAGAUUUUCAAAUGAAUAAACUUAGACACCUACAAUACAAGUAAGUAUGUAUCUAAGCACAGUUUGCAAGUUUUAAGGGCCAGUAGUUUGGGUCUAGAAUAUUGUCAUUUUGUAACGAUUUAUCUUAUCUUAGAUAGAUAUUAUAAUAAAUAAACUCCUACCAAAGA